AAUGAUUUCCUUUCACCUUUAUAGUCAACAAAACCAAAGAGAAAGAAAGUAGAAAAACAAUCCUCACAUAUGAUGAUGACCCUUCUCACUAACUAGUCAAGUUUUUGUUGUUAUUUUCCACUUGUAUCUUCUUCUUCCUCAACCUCUACUUGUUUUUCUUUUUUACUCUCAUUGUGCUCUGACCAAGUCAAUAUUUAUAACUUUCGCACUUCAUUAGCCACUGCUUAUUAACUCCAUUCUCUCGUAGAACUGUAAUAGUUCCAUCCUUACUAUAUAGAUAGAUCACAUUCACAUAAUAUAUAUAUAUAUAUAUACAUAUUUAUAUAUUUAGCUAUAACACUAAACAUAUGACACUUGUUUUUCACUCACCUUGUACCUGAGAUAGUGAAAGAUGAGAUGAGGUGACCUCAUUGGACUUGGUUCAGUGAGGCUUCUCAAUUAGAACAGAAAGAAAAGUACUUUCAUCACCGUCCAAACACAUGGCUCAGCAGGAGGAAGGGUGGCCACUUGGUCUGCAGCCACUUAAUGCAAGAGUUGGUUUAGCUAGAAACAGAGAUUUUUCAGGAUCAAUAUCAUUCAACACUUUAAUUACUGGUUCUCCAACAUGUUCUACAGAUUCUUCCUCAGAUUUAGAUACUGAGUCCACUGGUUCUUUCUUCCAUGACAAGAGUAUCACACUUGGGAGUCUUAUUGGAGUUAAUAGCAUUCUAGAGCUGUCCAGAAGAUCAAUCAGAGGAAGAAAAAGUGAGCCAUCUAAGGAAAAUAAGAGCAGCAACACCAGGACCAGGAGGAUAUGGUGUUUUUCUAUAUGUUCAUCAAGUGACACUUCUGAUAUUGCUGAGAAUUCCAAUGAUGCUGCACCACCAUCUCUUGGCCAUUUUCUUGCAGUUGAGAGAAAAACUGCGAACGAAUGUAGGAGUGACCAAAGGCAAACUAGUUUUUAUGGACCAGACGAGCUUGCCAUGGCUCAGUCAACAGCUGAAACAAACACACUUUUCAUUGAUGGCUGCAUAGCUCCUCCUCGGUCAAGUCCAUGUUCAGGUACAGAGAUGAACAUGAGAAGAAACAGAGGACUAGAUCAUUGCUUGGGGUGUGGAUUUUCAUUACUGUGUCCAUGCAUGUCUGGACAGCCUUCCCACUAAAAGACAUUGCCCUUUUGUUUUGGUUUUUUUUUGUUUGCGACUUAAGUUUAGCGAUUGAAUUAUAUGUUUUAUGAUGAGAAAUAAGUGCUUAUUCUGCCACUUAAGUGAUGUAUUUGGUGUGUUUUUGAAGGUCAGAUUAUCAUGUCAGACUCAUAGGCAAUUAUUAUCAUAAUUGAGCAAAUUUGAAUA